ACUGUCCUUACAUUUCUUCAUAAACAAAGUAACUCUACCUUCCCUGUUUCUUUUGAUUAAGGGUAGCUCAAGAAGUUAUGGCAGUUCCACUCACAUACAUGCUACUACUCUCAUUACUACUUUUUGUACCUUCCUUCAUUCAAUCUUCCCCACUUCAAGAUCCUGAAUUAGUAGUCCAAGAUGUACAAAAGAGUAUUAAUGAUUCAAGGAGAAACUUAGCAUUCCUUUCUUGUGGAAGUGGCAACCCUAUUGAUGAUUGUUGGAGAUGUGACAAAAAUUGGGAAAAGAAUCGUCAACGUUUAGCAGAUUGUGCCAUUGGAUUUGGCAAACAUGCAAUUGGAGGAAGAGAUGGUAAAAUAUAUGUAGUAACUGAUCCUGGUGAUCAUGCUGUGAAUCCAAAGCCAGGAACAUUAAGAUAUGGUGUUAUUCAAGAAGAACCAUUGUGGAUAAUCUUCAAGCGUGACAUGGUUAUUAAGCUUAAACAAGAGCUAAUGAUGAAUUCUUUCAAAACAAUUGAUGGUAGAGGAACAAAUGUGCACAUUGCUGGUGGACCUUGUAUUACUGUACAAUUUGUGACAAAUAUUAUUAUUCAUGGGAUUAAUAUACAUGAUUGUAAAAGAGGUGGGAAUACUUAUGUGAGAGAUACACCUACACAUUAUGGUUUUAGGACACUUUCUGAUGGUGAUGGAGUGUCUAUUUUUGGUGGGAGUCAUGUUUGGGUUGAUCAUUGCUCUCUUUCUAAUUGCCGUGAUGGAUUAAUUGAUGUUAUUCAUGGAUCUACAGCUAUUACUAUUUCUAAUAAUUUCAUGACUCAUCAUAAUAAGGUUAUGCUUUUGGGUCAUAGUGAUAGUUUCACUAGAGAUAAGAAUAUGCAAGUUACCAUUGCCUUUAACCAUUUUGGAGAAGGACUAGUUCAAAGAAUGCCAAGAUGUAGGCAUGGAUAUUUUCAUGUGGUGAACAAUGACUACACACAUUGGAGAAUGUAUGCCAUAGGAGGAAGUGCUAAUCCAACCAUCAAUAGCCAAGGCAAUAGAUUUCUUGCUUCCAAUGACAAUACCUUCAAAGAGGUGACAAAGCGCGAGAAUGCAGGACAAAGUCAAUGGAAGAAUUGGAAUUGGAGAUCCAGUGGUGAUUUGAUGUUAAACGGUGCAUUCUUUAGGCCAUCAGGAGCAGGUUCAUCUUCAAGCUAUGCAAGAGCAUCUAGUUUGGCAGCAAAACCAUCUUCUCUAGUAGCAUCUCUCACUGCAUCAGCAGGAUCACUAAACUGCAGAAAAGGAUCUCGCUGCUGAAUUAAGAAGCCUUUAAAUAUAUUAAGUUACAUUAUUAGAAAUAAAGGCAAAAAUCAAUCAUUAAUAUGCCAACUGUAUCUAGUUUUGAAGAAAAAAAAAGUGGUUCAACUUUUUUUGUAAAUUGAACUUUUUAGACAUAUUUUGUUUUGUAACUA